AUAGGAAUAACUAUUGCGAUUGAGACGCUAGACUCGAGUCUUUUUCUUUAUUCACCGCUUCAAUCUGUGAAAGCGUAGCAGUAACCGUAUCGUUUAAGAAAUUUUUGUGUACAUCAUUCAUAAAGCGCAAUUUUGAAGCAGCAUAAUAUGGAAAUUAAGGAUAUUAAAUCUCUUGAUUGGGAUGAUUCUGAAUUGCGUAGAGCAUAUGCAAUAGCCUUUAAUAAUAAGAAUACAGACGAAAGAGGAAAGAAGAAUUUACCACCCCAGGGAAAGAAAAAGCGCAAUUGGAAGGUUGGUGAUUACUGCAGAACUAUCUAUGCUGGUGACUGUUUGUAUUAUGAAGCUAAAAUUAUAUCUUUAAAUGGAGAUUUUUGCACAGUAGAAUUCGUGGGUUAUGGUGAUAAAGCAGAUGUUGAUCUGUUGGAAUUGAAACCUAGUAAUGGAGAAGUAGCUCGUAAAUACCAGAUUGCAGAAUCUAAAAUUGAUUCUUUUGCCUAUGAUGAUUCUGUGGAAGAAUUUAGUGAAAUAUCAGAAGAAAUUGAUACAAGUUGUAAUUCCGGCAAGAAGGAGAAAAAACGGUGUGCAAAGAAAUCGACAAAUAAUGCUACAUUGGAUAGAACUAGGUAUGAAGCUACCUUCCAUCAACAUUAUUCUGGUUCUGCUGCUCAGGCACCUUCAACUUCUACACCAGCCAAUCUGCCAUUUAUGCCAUCUCCUGUACCCAUGCCUCAGAAUUCAGUUCUUCCUCCUCCACCUAUGAUGCCACAAUGUCCAAGCAUUGCAGACAAUCCUACACUUGCUGCUAUGUUAUCUGCUUGGUAUUUAUCUGGCUAUUAUACUGGCCUCCGUAGUGCUAGCAUGAAUCAUGGGUGUCAUCAUUGCUGCAACCAUUCCAGCCACUGCAAUCGUCAAUAAAGGAAUGGAUCCCUUUUUUCCUUCUUUGUUUAUAUUCAUCCCAUUUAGUUCAGCCGCAAUUAAAAAAACGAUUUUAAUUUCAUUGUUCACAUCAUCUAAUGUUUGUGUAUUGAAUGUUGCUUUCUCUUAUUUUGUGAUCCUUUUUUGGUAGUCCAAUAAA